AUACCUGCUCGAGGCAGUGCAUCCCCACCUGGUCGGAGCUCCUCCGGUUUUCGACCGGUGGGUUCUGCUUUUCUCCUCGGCACUCGAGCCCGUCAGUACCGCGGCGAGACCGGUGUGCAGCGCGCUCGGCUCGCCUUCACUCGUGUCAAACAUCUCGGCGUCGGUUAGCGGUAAUUCCGGUAAUUCUUUCGAAAGGCCCGCCGGGACCUGGAGGCCCGUAACCUCUGUUUAACACCCAAGGUACGCGCAUUGUCCAGUCGAAUUAUCCGCGUGCGGCAUACCUGAAAAAUCGAGAGAGAGUCGCAGAUGCUGGCGAGUCGCGAACGCCGCUCUUCGUCGCCGCAUAACCCGUGCUAGUUGCUCCCGUGAGGAGAUUCACCCUCGAGAUGCCCUGCUCGGCGGUUACCCUGUCCUUGGCCACCAUAACCGGCAUCAUAGCGACCACUCUUCUGGCCAUCGCCUUCACCACGGACAACUGGCUCUACACCGAGGUGAAGCGCGCGCAAAUUCAGCAAUAUGCGGCCAAGCAUCCGGAUCAAAGUCACGUGGUCGAGCAGAUGAACACUAAAUAUUUCUUCUACACCAGGACGCAGGGUCUCUUCAGGAUAUGCUAUCCGAAGGAACGACCACCAACGGUCGAGACGUACUUGAGCCCCGUGGAGACGCAUUGCAUGAACAUCGACUACUUCAUCCCCGACGAGGAGAACCAGACCAGAGGGUUCUCGGACGACGCCAUGGCGCGAUUACAUAUGGGUCGCUCGGUGAUCGCGCUCUUCGUGGUGAGCUUCCUGGCGAUCUUCUCCGCCUUCUGGACCGGCGUGGUGGGAUGCUGGCGGAGAUCACCCGGGAACAUCACGGCAACGGCGAUUUUGAUGCUGCUCGCAUGUCUCCUCAGCGCCGGAGCCAUGGGCCUUUGGCACGGGGUUGAGUACUACGAGAAGGAGAAAGUCGUCGGCGAAGAGUACUACCAGCAAUGGAGCAACGUCCUGAAGGACAAUGCCGCUCAGUGGUACGACUGGUCGUUCUACCUGGCCUGGCUUGGCGUCGCCACGUGUCUCGGCACGAUGACGCUCUUCGUGAUCGCGGCCACCUGCUUGAGAAAGGAACGGGCCCGCGAACAGGCCCAAAACAUUCAAUACAUCAUGCCAGUGUAUCCUCAGAAGCAACAGUACGCUUAUGCCGGAUAUCCGGCACCAGCAGCGUAUCCAGGACCGUACUACCACGGUUCUCAGUACGGACCUUAUAAUUACUGAAGACACGACAAGGCAUCUCAAUAAAUUCGAAUUCGACUCAAUACCGACCUCGUUCCGAUUGCGCGUCGAGGAAACAAUCGGCAAGGACCUUAAUCGCGCGACUAGUUUUCCAGAGUGCGUAUGAAUUUUCGAUUUCUCUC